CAAGCUUUACUAUUUUAUACAUAUAUAAAAGGUCUGUGUUGCAGUUAAUUCGCCGUAUUUUCGCUAACUUUCUUAAUUAUGCCGCUUAAAACAUGGUGACAACAAUAAAAAUCACUUGUGACGGUGUAUUCAUACAAUCCAAUUCGUAUCUUACGCCUACAGCGUCUGGCAACGCUGUUGCGCAUCAUCGUACGCAUACAAACAAUAUUGCGCAACAUUUGCCCACGUCUCCAACAUCGCUACCAACAACAACGACUGCAACAUCGUUCGCCAUUUGCAGCGACGAUCAAAGCAACUCGGACACUAGUUCCAACGAGUGUGAACACCGAUUGCGGCAGAGUUUCAGGCAAACAAACUCACCGAAAGUCGCACUCAUAUCGGCGACAAUUAGCAGCUGCAACAACAUACACAACAACACUGCAUUUAACUCCUACUCCUCCAACACAUCCUCAUCCUCGUCGCAUUCAUCCAGCAACUCACAGAACUCCAACGCAACGCAGCGCCAACGACGUCAGCGGCGCAGUAAUUCAACCAGUCCACGCGAUUCAUUCAAAUACAUUACGCCUGAAACUGUUAAGUCGAUACCCCACGGCAAAGCGAUAGAUUCGCGUCGCCGUUACUAUUACAGUGGCACAGGCGCCAGCGUCGCUGGCAGCAGCAACAGCAACAUUUAUUGGUGCAAACAGGCCCUCAUCGGCAGCAGUGGUAAAGGCAGCGUUGGCAGUUAUGAGCAUGCUAAUAGCGCACAGAAGCGUCGCGCACAUACUGCUGAACACGUUACGUUGACCCGGAGCGCCAGUAGUAUUACGCCCCAUAAAGAGUUUCGAAACGCGCCCCCAUCAACAACAGCAGCGACAGCGGCAGGUGUGGCCAAGGUGGUAGCGGUGCGACGAGAAAGCAAUGAACAACCGUCGGACGGCGACAAAAAUGACAACCAAAAAAGCAAUAAAAACAGUAACCGUGACACAUCACUUGCGGUUGCCGUCUGCGAAAAGGCGCACACAGACCUUUAUUAUAGCGCCAACAAACCACCAGUAAAUAAUAGCAAUAAUGAAGACACUCAUGUUAACGGUGACGGUGGUGAUGACACUCCAGUGAAAGCCGUAGCAAGGCAAAGUGACAACAACAGAAAAAUCAACCAAAAAAAUAAAAGCGCUAACUGCAGCGUGUAUACUGCCAAAGUGAGUUCUUCUUCAAGUUCUAUGCCCGACUGCACUACGUCGCGGAAUUCAAAUGCGAACUCCAAGCCGAAGGCGCAUGUGAAAUGUGUGUCAACGAAACGCGUAUCGCCCAACGGUAGUGUGUCGUCCGCCGAUACAACACGGCUCUUUAAUUUCCUACGUGCAGCGCGUAAAUUUUAUCGUAGUGCCGCAAAUGGUGAUCUGGUAGAUGGUAGUCAAAAUUCCGCUGAUAUAGUGGAUGGUGGGUGUGCGCAACAGCAGCAGUCAGAGCCGCUUAAGCGUCGUUCUUCUUUGGCGGCCAUAAAUGAUCGGCUGGAGUUUGCAGAUUAUAAUAAGUCAUCAGCUGAUGCUUUAAGCCAAAUAACCGGACCUUUGAGUGACGAUUGGUUUGACGAGGACGCUUUAAUUUCGAAAGAAAAUCGUCACCCAAAAAGCAAUAGUAAAAGUCAGCACUCGUUUAAGGAACUGCAGGCGCAGACAGAACAACAGCAAUCGCCUAUAACUAGCUUAAAGCUCACCAGCGCAGCAGCAGCAGUUUCAAAUUCCCGCCGUAGCACUAACGAAGUAACAGCGACUGCCGCAAACACCCCAAUUCCAACAAACAGUAGAACACCAACGACCAAAGUAACCUCAGCAACUCAGCAAAAGCCAAACACACCUCAAAUCAAACAACAGACAGUGCAACAGCUUAAACAGGGGCAGCAACUGAGUGGCCGCAAUAGCAGUCACAAUAAUAGCAAACAUAAUACUGCUGCGUUAGAAUAUCACCACAACAGCGCCGACGUUUGCAGUGAAGCGCCAACUUCAAAGAAUUCCGCUACACUCGUUGGUAGCGCCACUGCGGCAACUGGAUUAGCGUGCAUACGUACAACAACUGGUGUAGUGCCAACGCCAGCGACGUCAACGGCUGUCACGCCGGCGUCGUCGUCUGCGUUCACAACCUCGCCAAAAGCGAGCAAUAAAAAAGUGAUGCACAGUCACGCCACGGCGACCCAGCAUAGCGGACAAACAACAGUGGUUGGUCAUCAUCGCGGCUUUUCGCAACCAUCUGUGACAGUGGCGGCCAAUUCAGCAGGCGAUCCAUGGUUUUUACAAUCCACCGGGCAUCAAAUGCCGCCGACAGCGCCUUUGCGACAUAAUAAACGACCCGCGCCGCAACCCAAUCACAGUAACAGUGUGGGUGGCGCUGGCCUAGGAAUUGGCGUUGGCGUGGGAACAGGCGGGGGCGGCAUUGCUGGUGCGGGGAGCAUCGGUUUGGCGAACUCUAGCGGUGUUGGUGCCAAUUUGUUGCAUCAACAGCAGCUGAGUCAAUCGCAGCCUCACAUUGUACCGCCGAAUAUUCCGCCGCAUCAUCACAACAAUGUGAGUCAACAUCACAACGCAAUCCAUUUGUCCUCGCAUGCACUUAAUAGUCAUAAUUUAAUAUCGACCGCGGUUGGUAGCAAUCAUUCACCAAAAUCACCCAAUCAACAACAACAGCAGCAGCAUCAUCAUCAUCAGCAGCAACAACAACAGCAGACGGCACAAUUGACCGGCCCGACGACACAGCCGCAUGCACAUGCACACGUUUUAUCCACCUUUGCACCAACUACUGGUAAUUGUGCGCCCACGGGUGGUGUGACAGCCGCCGCGGUGGCCGCCGUCACACAACAACAGCAACAGCAGCACUUGCAGUUGCUGGCGAAUGCUUCCAGCAAUAGUAACAAUAAUCUGAUGUCGUCCUCAUUGAAUGCGGCGCAGCAUAGUGCCGCCUUAUCGUUACAUGAGCGCGGCUUACCACCAAAAAGUGGCGCCCAUGUGGCCGGUUUGGGCGUCGGUUUGCACAGUAGCAAUAUGCUAUUGCAUCAAACACAAGCGCCCACAUCGCUUUCGAGCAGCCAACAACAAACGCAAUCGGCGAUAUCGCUGAACACAGCUGGCGGGAGUAGUAGUACUGGUGGUGUGGCUGCUGGUAGCGGUAGCUUAACUGGUACAAGCAUGUCCACAUCUUUGCACAGUUUUGAUAGUGGCAGUUCGGCGGGCAAUGCCUGGGCAAGUAAUGCUAACGUGGCAGCGGCAGCUUUGCACUCACCCACUAACGCUUUAGGAGGCGGGAAUCAACAUCAUUUACAACCUCAACGCAAAUGUGAGGUUAAACUGAACGCAAUGCCUUGGUUCCAUGGCAGCAUAACACGCGACGAAGCCGAACAUCUGUUGCAACCACGCGAAGACGGCCUCUUUCUGGUGCGUGAAUCGACGAACUUCCCGGGCGACUAUACGCUAUGCGUCUGCUUUCAGGGCAAAGUGGAACAUUAUCGUGUCAAAUAUUUGGGCAAUAAACUAACCAUCGACGAUGAAGAGUAUUUUGAGAAUCUGGGGCAAUUAGUUGCGCAUUAUGAAGCUGAUGCCGAUGGCUUGUGCACACAACUCAUCAAAUGUUUACCCAAACAAGGAAGACAGGAGUUCUGCAUUAAUUCAAAAGAUUUCCUUGAUAAGGGAUGGGUCAUACCGGAGGCUGAUUUGCAGCUACGCGAAAGCAUUGGCAAAGGCGAAUUCGGCGAUGUGAUGUUGGGUAUACUGCGCAGUGAAAAAGUCGCCGUUAAGAUGCUUAAAGAUGAGGGCGCUGUUCAAAAGUUUUUAGCGGAAGCUUCUGUUAUGACUACAUUAGAGCACGAAAACUUGGUAAAAUUCAUAGGAUUGGUGUUUACAAGCAAACACAUCUACUUGGUAACGGAGUAUAUGAGCAAAGGUUCGCUGGUCGAUUAUCUACGUUCGCGUGGACGGCAGCAUAUUACGAAAAAGGAUCAAAUCAAUUUUGCCUACGAUACCGCCUCCGGCAUGGAAUAUUUGGAAGCUAAAAAAGUCGUGCAUCGCGAUUUGGCCGCACGCAACGUACUAAUUUCCGAAGAGUGCGUUGCCAAAGUGUCCGAUUUCGGUUUGGCGCGCGAAGAAUGCUAUAAUCUAGAUGUGGGCAAAUUGCCCAUAAAAUGGACGGCGCCUGAAGCGCUCAAGAAUGGUCGUUUCUCCAACAAAUCCGAUAUGUGGAGUUUUGGUAUUUUGUUAUGGGAAAUCUAUUCAUUCGGUCGAGUUCCUUACCCCCGCAUACCCCUCAACGACGUCGUCAAACACGUUGAAGUUGGCUAUAAAAUGGAGGCACCCGAGGGUUGUCCACCAGAAAUCUACGAGAUGAUGCGGCAGGCGUGGGACUUGAAUCCCUCGAAACGUCCAACAUUUUCUGAACUGAAAGUUAAAUUGCUGCACCUGAAGAAUACUACACCAGCGUGAGAGCAUAAUUGCAAUGCACUACGAGUGUAGGGUGUGACAGUCAAACAAACUGCAAACAGCAAACAUUUAAAACAAUCCAAUCCAAUCGAAGUGAGCAACUUAAAUUACCAAGUAAUAAACACACACACA